CACGUAUAAGGAGAAGAGAGAGAUCUCAGCCCCCCUCCACCUCAGUGAGCAUAGUCCCCCAUGUGGGCACUGUACCUCCUCUCAGUUUCCACCCACCAGAAGGCUUUGCAGGUGUUAAAGAGCUGGCCAUACACUUUUACUGACAGUUGAGCCCCAGCCAUGAUCACAGCCCGGAUCUCUCAGGAAAGUCCAGGGACAAUUUCUUCCAUGACGUGAUCAGUUGAACAAUACGGUACUCAGGCAGGAUAAAAGGCUGUGAGCUGAAGAGGAGAGAAGGAGGGAACGCGGUAAUGACACUUAGAGUGAAAGCAGACAUGUGGCUGGCGAGACCCUGGUGGCACCUGCCCAGGACGAGGGCACUGGGCACCACAGCAGCACUGGCCCCCAAGGCACUGCAGCCCUUUGAAGCCAUACCGCAGUACUCCAGAAACACAUGGCUGAAGAUGAUACAAAUCCUGAGGGAGCAGGGCCAGGAGAACCUGCACCUGGAGAUGCACCAAGCCUUCCAGGAUCUGGGACCCAUUUUCAGGGACAAAAUAGGAAGAACCCAGAUAGUGUCUGUGAUGUUGCCAGAGGAUGCUGAGAAGGUGUACCAGGCGGAAAGCUCACACCCUCGUCGGAUGCACCUAGAACCCUGGUUGGCUCACAGAGAGCACCGUGGCCUGAGUCUAGGCGUGUUCUUGCUAAAUGGGCCUGAAUGGCGCUUCAACCGACUGAAGCUGAACCCAAACAUCCUGUCACCGAAGGCCGUUCACAAGUUUGUCCCCAUGGUGGACAUGGUAGCAAGAGACUUUGUGCAGAACCUGAAGAAGAAGGUGUUUCAGAAUGUUCGUGAGAGCCUUACCAUCGCUAUCCAGCAAGACCUCUUCAACUACACUAUAGAAGCCAGCAACUUUGCGCUUUUUGGAGAGCGCCUGGGCCUCCUUGGCCAUGACCUGCGUCCUGGCAGUUUGGAGUUCCUCCACGCCUUGCAAUCCAUGUUCAAGACCACCGCACAGCUCCUGUUCCUACCCAAGAGCCUGACUCGCUGGACAAGCACCCUGGCGUGGAAAGAACAUUUUGAUGCCUGGGAUGUCAUCUUUGAGUAUGCCAACAGAUGUAUCUGGAAGGUGCACCAGGAACUCAGAUUCGGCAACCCUCAGAAGUACAGUGGCAUCGUGCCAGAACUAAUAUCUCAGGGAGUUUUGCCUCUGGACGCCAUCAAAGCCAACUCUAUGGAGCUCACCGCUGGCAGUAUAGAUACGACAGCAGUCCCCUUGAUAAUGACCCUUUUUGAGCUGGCUCGGAACCCAGGUGUCCAGCAGGCCCUUCGGGAGGAGAGCCUGGCAGCUGAGGCCAGCAUCGCUGCAGAUCCUCACAGGGUUACAUCAGACGUGCCCCUGCUGCGGGCUGCCCUUAAAGAGACCUUGAGGCUCUACCCUGUUGGUCCCUUUCUGGAGAGAAUGCUAAACUCAGAUUUGGUGCUUCAGAACUACCAUGUCCCUGCUGGGACGUUGGUCCUAAUCUAUCUCUACUCCAUGGGCCGAAACCCUGCAGUGUUCCCGAGGCCUGAGCGCUACAUGCCUCAGCGUUGGCUGGAUAGGAAAAGGCAGUUCCAGCACCUGGCCUUUGGCUUUGGGGUUCGCCAGUGCUUGGGGAGGCGCCUGGCAGAGGUGGAGAUGCUGCUCCUGCUGCACCAUGUCCUGAAAUCCUUCCAGAUGGAGACAAUAAGGCAAGAGGAUAUUCAGAUGGUCUACCGUUUUGUUUUCAUGCCCAAAUCCAGCCCCCUCCUCACUUUCCGUCCUGUCAGCUAGUCACUUUUGCAUCUGCAUCUGGGGUCCCAGUCAGGCCACUAGCCUACCUCUAUCCUGACACCCAAGGUCACACUUCUUUGC